CCGAAACUUACCGAAGACCAAGCUUGUCGGAGAUUUCAAUUAAAAAUGGUGGUUGAGAGAUAGGCAGACAAUGAUGGGAUAUUUUAUCGUGUGUAAAACCGAAACAUGAAGAAUCUCCUUUGCAGAUUUUGAAAAUAAGGUGAUCAUAAACUUAAGGAACUAAAAUUUCAAUCAAAAUGGAUGGAGCAGAAUCAGUUCGUUCAGGGAGGAGUGACAGGUCAGAAAGGUCGCGCCGUAGUCAUGGUAGCCACCAUCAUCACCGACAUCACGGAAGUCGCCAUCGUGGCACCAGCUCUGACCAUGGAGGUCACCGCCCUGUGGAACGGAGCAUGGAUGAGCGUUCCGUGACCAUCAAAACUCCAGGCAACAUGUCGGAUGCUGAGGACAGGAUGAUGGGAGAGGAGAGAAUAGAGGUACAGGUCAUCCCUCAGGACGACAACUGGGGAGACAAUACCACAGCUAUUACAGGUAAUACAAGUGAAACAGGAUUUUCCAUGGAGGACAUGAGGGGAAAGUUUGGCAAGGAAAGCUUUGAAGAAACGAUUGGAAUUGGAUGUGCACGAUAUGUUGGCACCACACUAGCCAGUAUCUUGUCUGUGAUAGCUUUCCUUUCACCAAUAGCUAUGGUGAUUUUACCAAAACUUGGUAUCAAUGACUGGGAUUCUGGUCCCUGUAAACCAGACUGUGAAGGACUUCUCAUUAGCUUUGCCUUCAAACUUUUAAUUUUGGCAAUGGGAACAUUUGCCUUGUUUUUCAGGCAACCCAAAGCCACCAUGCCUCGUGUGUUUCUUUUCCGAGCAGUAGUUUUAUUUCUCGUGUUUGUCCUGACUUUUGCCUUUUGGCUUUUCUAUGGUGUCAGAAUCAUCAAGGAACAAACCUCUGCCAGGACUCCAACAUCUCAGUCCAUGACAGAGUAUAAAGAGAUUGUUCAGUUCGCUGUGUCGUUUGUCGAUGCACUUUUAUUCAUCCAUUACAUUGCAGUCAUUCUGCUAGAAAUUCGUCAGUUGCAGCCUAUGUUUGUUGUCAAAGUUGUCCGCUCUCCUGACGGAGAGUCCAAGUGUUACAGCAUCGGUGCUCUUAGUAUUCAGAGGGCAGCUGCUUGGAUUCUGGAGCAAUACUACAGGGACUUCAUUGUCUACAAUCCAUACUUAGAAAACGCCUACAAAAAGCCGAUCAAAAUGUCAGGAAUCAAGUUCUAUGAUAUAGAUGGAAAUAACUCACAGAAUGUACAGAGUCGAUCCAGGGCAAUAUUUGCUGCAGCAGCUCGAAGGAGGGACGCAAGUCAUAAUGACAGAUUUCAUGAAGAAGAGGAGUAUAGCAGACGAGUACGAAAGCGAAGGGCUCGUCUGAUAGUGGCAGCAGAGGAGGCGUUUACCCACAUCAAGCGUAUGCAGGAGGAAGCAGGUGGAGCAGCCAUUCCUAUGGACCCCAAUGAGGCCGCUCAAGCUGUGUUUCCAUCGAUGGCACGUGCUCUACAGAAAUAUCUUCGCAUAACCCGCCAACAACCCAGGUACACCAUGGAUUCCGUGCUCAACCACUUGGCCAGUUGUAUAAGCCAUGACAUGACGCCAAAAGCCUUCGUAGAGCGGUAUUUGGCACAAGGUGUUGUGAUCAUGAACGACAAAGAAUACAAAGAGGUGGAGAAGUGGAUUCUCGUCUCAGAUCAGCUACUUACGCGGGAACUGGAGCACAAUUCCAUGUUUCAGUUGCGCCAAAAUGACAUUUCAUUGUUAUGCACCGUAAAGAGACUGCCUCAUUUCAACCUCACAGAGGAAGUCAUCAAUCCAAAGACCAACAAGUUUGUGUUGCGCCUGAAUUCAGAAACCUCUGUUUAAUCAACAUUAAUGUGGCAUCUGGUUGUUUUGUCCCUGUGUCAUUGUAUAAUAGUGUUAAAACAUGUAUUUGUUCCAAGCUAAUAUCCUGUGUCCCUGAAAAAAUGUGUGUUAAUUUUGCCUUGUACAUUGUACUCAUCAUUAUUCUGUAGAGUUAGAGAUGUGUUUGAAAGAGAAGUGGGGCCAAAUGAAUAUGCAGUAAAUGUCUAUGUACUUGGCAUUGUGAACAAAUAUUCAUUAUCAGUAGUUUAAUUUUUGCUUUAAAAGUUCAUUUUAUUUUUUCUGUUUUUGUGAUAAUUUCAUUGAAGUCCUUUGAACAAGUCCAUUUGAUGAUGAAUGUUGUGGUUCUGAGAAAAGGUGAAAAGAGUGUGGAUGCAGUGGUUUGGAACACACAGUGUUCAUCAAUGCCCAAUUGACCACCAAUAUGUUUUGUAAAAGUAUUUGAUUGCAGUAUUUCAUUUUCAUACUCCAAACUUUGGGUGAAUGUUUCAUUUUGUAAUCUCAAAGAAGCAUGCAUCACCAGUUAUUAAAGGUGCCAUAUCAUCAUUUAAUAACUUGUUCCUUUAUAUUUUUUUUCUACAAAUAAUAAGCAAGAUAGUCUGCUGUUAAGUGUUUUGUAUGGAUUUUUUUUUAUCAGUUAUGGCCCUUCCAGAAUUAUACUCAAAAUGUUGUGUGAAAAUGUACUUUAAUCAGACUCCCCAAAAAUACGAUUUGAUUUUGUUACAUUCCAACUAGUGCUAUACCUGUUGCUAGUAUUGGUUAUUUUUUGUAACCCUAAAGAAGUAAACUGUUAUCAGGCUUGUAUUAGAUUUCAGUAUCAAAAGGCUUUAAUGAAUUAAACAAUCUAUUUUGGAGUUGAUUUAUGUAUAAUCAAUGAUGGCUAAAGUACAUAUGCGAGUGCAAUAGGAUAUUCUUCCAUGCCCACUGUUGAAGGAAAGUACUUUUUUAAUUUAUAUAUGAGGAGUCUUUUUCAGUUUAUUUACCAGUAGUUAGUUUUGUAAAAAAUGUACAUCAAUUUUUUGACUGCAUGUGUGUGUAAAUAAUAUUUUUUCACGAUGGUGCAUCAUUUUAAUAAAUUUGUUCAUUAAAUUUUCUUUUCUUCCAGAUCUGAAAAUCUGUUUGAAAUUAUGUACUUGUACAAUUUUUGUAUUAUUUAUUUUUCAAGAGGAGAAAAAGUAAUUUACCCGGUAUUAGACUUUUUGAUUCUAGCAGCAUUUAAAUAAAAACUUGUUAUUUAACGGCAAAUAUUAAAAAUACACAUGAUGCUGAUUUUUUAUUCUACAUUUUGUAAACAUUUUUAUUGUUUUAUCUUUAUUUUUAUCCCUGUUCAAGCAUGCUCUUCCGGUAUUAUUUUCAAACAAAAAGAUAUUCAUUAAAUUUUCUGAUUUUA